AAACUCCGCUAAGUUUCCGUUUGUUCUCUAUAUAUUGCGGCGGUUGCCUCCAUUUCUCUCUCUUCAAACCAUUCUCCAUUUUCAUUUCCAUUCCCACACUAGAAUCUGUAAUUCUUGAGAAAUAGGAGAGAGCGAAAAUCUUCAAAUGGGUGAGAAAGAUGACGGAGGGAAGAAGGCGGCUGCGGAGGGCGGAGAGAAGAAGGCGGCGGAAGUCGGAGGGAAGAAAGAUGAGGGGCCAACCACCGUUGUUUUGAAGCUGGACUUGCAUUGCGAAGGCUGUGCCAAGAAAGUCAGACGGGCCGUUAGCCAUUUCGAAGGUGUUGAGAAAGUGAAGGCUGACUGUGCGGCCAACAAGUUGACUGUGACCGGAAAUGCGGACCCCGCCUGGCUCCGUGAGAGAGUUGAAUACCAAGAAGAAGAGAAGGUGGAGCUCGUCUCCCCUCAGCCCAAGAAGGAUGCCGCCGGCGACAAGAAGGCCGACGAGAAAUCUUCAGACAAGAAGGCAGAAGAAAAAAAGGCCGAGGAUAAGAAACCCAAAGAGCCUGUGGUUAGUACAGUGGUGAUGAAAAUCAGACUGCACUGUGACGGAUGCGCCCACAAGAUAAAGAGGGUCAUAUUUAAGAACAUUGAUGGGGUUAAUUCAGUAAAAACGGAUUUACCGAAAGAUUUGGUCACGGUGACCGGAACCAUGGAGGUGAAGGAACUUAUAGCUUAUUUGAAAGAGAAGCUCAAAAAGAAUAUAGAAAUAGUUCCUCCAAAGAAAGACGAUGGUGGUGGUGACAAGAAGGAAAAAGAAGGAAGCGGAGGAGACAAAAAGGAGAAAGAAGGAGGAGGAGACAAGAAGGAAGACAAAAAAGAAGGCGGUGGUGACGGUGGCAAGAAAGAAGCGGAGUCGAAAGCUGCGGGCGGAGGUGGAGAAGGAAGCAAGGCCGUGGAAGGGGCAAAAUUGGAAAUUAACAAACUGGAGUACCAUGGCCUCAAUCCACAAACGUACUACGCCAUGCCCAUGUACAAUCAGAGUUAUUCCAACCAAGACUACGGCGUCCAAAUGUACCAUCAUCAAGCUUACCCUAACCAAGUUUAUCAUGGUUACGCUAACCAUGGUUAUCCUAAUACGGGCUACGUCGUACAAUACGCACACGGACCUCCUCCUCCGCCACCAACGUAUAUGAACAUAAACGAUCAAAUGUUCAGCGACGAAAACCCUAAUGGAUGCUCCGUGAUGUGAACAUGAAUUAAUUGAAAUUUUCAAAAUGUAUAUAAAUACUUAGAAUGAUGAGGAGGAGGGAAAAACAUAUACGAGAACAAAAUUUCCUUGUAGGAUAAAAUAUUAUAAAUAUAUUAUUACAGUGUAGUAGAAAUAUUAAAUCAGACCCGGGUGCUAGGUGGCCGGUGUUUGUUAGGUUGUUCUGUUGUUUGACUUGUACGCUGUAUUGUUUUAUAAUUGUUAGUUAAUUAAAUAUAUACUCAAUUUUGCUAAGCUAA